AUGGCUCUCGCGUGCAGCGCAGUGGCACAGUGGGCUGGAAUUUCAUUGUCUCUGCUGGGGUGGGUCUUAUCCUGCCUCACCAACUACCUGCCCCAGUGGAAAAACCGCAACCUGGAGUUAAAUGAAAUGGAGAUCUGGACCCAGGGACUCUGGCAGACCUGCGUCGUCCAGGAGGAAGGUGGGAGGCAGUGCAAGGCCUUCGACUCCUUCCUGGCCCUGCCUGCCGAGCUCAGGAUCUCCAGGGUCUUGAUGUUCCUGUCCGACGGGCUGGGGCUCCUGGGCCUGCUGGUCUCUGGCCUCGGCCUGGACUGCCUGAGACUCGCGGCGGGGCAGCAGGCUCGGAAGAAGCGGCUGCUGGCCUGGGGGGGCGGCCUGCUCUGGACAGCGGGCCUGGCGGUGCUGGUGCCCGUCUCGUGGGUGGCCCACAGCACCGUGCGGGAGUUCUGGGACGAGACCCUCCCUGCCAUCGUGCCUCGGUGGGAGUUCGGGGAGGCCCUGUUUCUCGGCUGGUCCGCCGGGUUCCUCCUGCUCCUCGGAGGCUGUCUGCUGGGCUGCUCCGGCCGGGCCCCUCUGGCCUCGGGCCGCUAUGCCGCGCCAGAAAUGCAGCCUCACUGCCAACGCCUGCAGAUGAAAAGCACCCCGCCGAGGCUCUGA